AUGAAACUAUAUCUUAAUGAGCAACACUACAAAGAUGUUGAGGUUGUAGUUGAUGUUAAGGACAAGCAUGCUGUGUCUUCGCUGGAGGAGAGCGGCACGACUCGAAAAAUAAGACAUCAGGAAAAUCGUGUGAACUUCGCUGUUGGAGGAGAUGUCGCUGAACAAAUCCUUUUGUCGCCCAGUAGAAGCACCUCAGGGUCGUCUGCUGCCACAAGCAGGCAUAGUGACAGGACUGUGCGCAAAGGAAAUCGAGGGAACGCUGAG